CUCGUCGAAGGGCGGGGUUUAGAGUCCCCGAGGCUACACAGCCAAAGCCGGGGGGCUGGCCUAGCCAAAAGGGGCGGGCGAGCACGGCCCGCGGGCGGCGUUCGCUGGAGCUGGUGGACCGGGCGGCUGGCUGACCGAGGGGCGGACGCGCGGCGGGGCAGACCGCUGGGGACUGCGGGCGGCGCUGUGUCCGUCGCCAUGACAGAUCAGACCUAUUGUGACCGCCUGGUGCAGGACACACCUUUCCUGACAGGCCACGGGCGCUUGAGUGAGCAGCAGGUGGACAGGAUCAUCCUCCAGCUGAACCGUUACUACCCACAGAUCCUUACCAACAAGGAGGCGGAAAAGUUCCGGAACCCCAAGGCAUCCUUGCGUGUGCGGCUCUGUGACCUCCUGAGCCACCUGCAGCGGAGCGGUGAGCGGGACUGCCAGGAGUUCUACCGAGCCCUGUAUAUCCAUGCCCAGCCCCUGCACAGCCGCCUGCCCAGCCGCCACGCUCUGCGUAAGUUCCACAUCACCAACCAUGCAUGCUUGGUGCUGGCCCGGGGAGGGCACCCCAGCCUGCCGUUGAUGGCAUGGAUGUCCUCCAUGACCACCCAAGUCUGCUGCAGCCCAGGCCUGGCAUCCCCUCUCGCCUCAGCCCCUCCCCAGAGGCCACCCUCUGGCCCCGAGGGGAGAGUGUGGCAGGCACAGGCAGUGCAGAUGUUGGUCUCUGUCUCCCACUUUCUCCCCCUUCCUCCGUCUCUCUCUCAUGGCAGUUUUCACACAGCAUGGGGCAUCUUGUACGUCCACUCUUGCCCUUCCUUUUCUAACCUCAUUCCACGGGGAUCCCUUCACGUCUGUGUGGACAGCAGCCUUAUUCCCACAGCUGCAUGGCGCUCCUAGGCGGUCCCAGCUGGAAUUACCCAACCCCAUGACGGACCCUUUCAUUGCAGCGAUCUGCACACGUGUGGGUGUUUCCAUAGGGCAUUGUCAGGCACGGAUGGCUGGUCCGAAGCACGUGCAUUUCAGUUUUGAGGCUCCUGUCCUCAGGCAGUGUGGACUCAGGCCCUGGGAGUCAUGUGGAUGCCAGUAGCCUGGGCCCACAGAGCUGCCGGGACGUGGGGGGCAUAUCAAGUUGAAGAUGGCAACUCUGAUCUGACGCCUCUGGGCUCAGGGCCCCUGGAGGAGGGGCUACUGCCCCUUGCCCUUAGACAACAGGACCAGAGACCAGAGGGACUGGGCGGCUUGUCCCAGGCUACUGGGCUGUGGUCUCUGACCCCCUGGAGGCCUCCCCACGCCUCACAGAACACAGUGCAGACGGUGGGCGGGGAGAGCUCGAGGGGAGGCCCAGCCCUGCAGGUGGGACUGGCUCUCCCUCUCCAGCCACGAGUAUGCCACAGGGGGCUUUCAAAACCAGGCAGGGCCAAGCCUUGGCCCCACUGGAGGUAGAGCACCUUCUGUGGCUCCCGGGUGCCUUUAGGCCCGUCCAGGAGUUGGACCAGAGGAGAAGACCCAGACUGUGCAUAGUUCCCUGAGGAGGGCUAGCCUCAGGUGCCACAGCCUGGUUCGGCCUGGCGGCCCCAGGAGGCAGCAGCAACCUUGGGCUUCCUGCGGGGUGACUACCUUGUUCUCCGGCCCUGCCCGUUGACUAACUAUGCUCUGUGGUUUUGU